AUGACUGCACAGUUAAGGGCCUCUUACCUUGUUCCUCUUGUGCUAGUCAGCUUUGCACAGACAAAUGCCAAGCCUGAGAAGAUGAAGAUGGAUUGCUACAAAGAUGUGAAAGGCACCAUCUAUGAGUAUGGAGCCCUCAGCCUCAAUGAAGAGGAGCACAUUCCGUUCAAGCGGUACGCGGGCAAGCACGUCCUCUUUGUCAAUGUGGCUACCUACUGUGGCCUGACAGCUCAGUACCCCGAACUGAAUGCCCUUCAGGAGGAGCUGAAGCCCUUGGGCCUGGUCGUGUUGGGCUUUCCCUGCAACCAGUUCGGAAAGCAGGAACCAGGAGAGAAUUCAGAGAUUCUUCUGGGGCUGAAGUACGUCCGUCCAGGGAGAGGAUACGUACCCAAUUUCCAGCUCUUUGAGAAAGGGGAUGUGAAUGGCGAGAAGGAACAGAAGGUCUUCACCUUCUUGAAGCUCUCCUGCCCUCACCCCUCUGAGGUUCUGGGCUUAUUCAGACAUAUAUCCUGGGAUCCUGUAAAGGUCAACGACAUCCGCUGGAACUUUGAAAAGUUCUUGGUGGGGCCUGAUGGAGUCCCUGUCAUGCGCUGGUUCCACCGGACUCCCAUCAGCACGGUCAAGUCAGACAUCCUGGAGUACCUGAGACAGUCCAAAAGUAAAUAG